AUGCUGGCCAAGUCAGGCAAGUCGUCAAAAGAUGGCGCCUCACCCAAAGGCGCGAGCUCCAGCGCGAACACGGGUUCCUUGGGAUCUCGGCAACGAAGCAGCAUACCCAUGACCCCGCGAUCUUUAGGAGGUGCUCAGGCCGAUUUUGCGAGGCAACUAGCAGAGCGGAAUCAAGCUCUACAUCCCCCAAAGAAGUUUAAAUCGUCUGUACCAAGGGGUGUGAAACUAGGAACGGGAUACGUCGAUAGAUCGCAAGUCCGAGAGAGCGAAACAGACGACCGAGAAGAAAGACUAAAGGCACUCGAAAAGUCUUUCAAAGACGAAGAAAUUGACCAGGCAACAUACGAAAAGCUACGGUUUCAGAUCGCCGGCGGAGAUCUUGCGAGCACACAUCUGGUCAAGGGACUUGACUUUAAACUCCUCGAAAGGGUGCGCAAAGGAGAGGAUGUCUACGGAAAUAAGGGAGCGGAAAAGGAUAGUACCGAAGAAGCCACGGUAGAAGAAGACGUGGACGACGAAUUCGAUCGACUCGAGGAACAAGAUGUACAAGCCAUUACGAAAGAAAAGGCGGAAAAGAAAAAGGGUACUCUUUCAACUGUAUCCCUGGCACCUGGAAAAAAGAGAACACGCGAUCAGAUUUUGGCAGAGCUAAAAGCAGCACGUUUAGCAGCACAGCAACAACAAGAAUCUGCUCUUGGAGAUCGAUUCAAAAAGAUUGGAGCGAAACAGAAACCAGGAACACGGAUCGAGAGAGAUAGCAGAGGCAGGGAGGUUUUAAUCAUUGUGGAUGAAGAUGGACAUGAGAAAAGAAAAGUCCGCAAGAUACAGCCUGAAGAGGAGGAUGCGCGGAACGGUCUUCUCAUGCCGGAUAAGAACGCCAAGCCACUGGGAAUGGAGGUUCCUGAGCAAUAUCGGAAGAAAGAGGAACCGGAGGAAGACGACGGUGAUAUUGAUAUUUUUGAGGGCGCUGGCGAUGAUUACGAUCCGCUGGCCGGGAUGGAGGAUUCAGACUCUGAGUCGGACAAAGAGGAGAACGACAGCAGCAAACACGAAGCGAGCAAAGAGACAGACACUAAUGAGGCCAUGCCGCCUCCGCCAAAACCGUCCAUUGCACAACCAGAGCGACGCAAUUACUUCAAGGACGCCAGAACGGCACUCAUCUCUGAGGAAGCAAACAAGGGGCCAUCUAUGUCUGAUCCCGCUAUAUUGGCAGCCAUCAAGAAAGCAGCAUCUCUCAGGCCUAUUGAGCAAGAUACCGAAGAUGACAAGGCCAAGGAAGAAGCAAAGGCGCUGGAAGAACGACGAAAGAAACUCCUCCAGAUGCAGAGUCGGGAUGAUGAUGAUAUCGAUAUGGGCUUCGGCACCAGUAGGUUUGAAGAUGAAGAAGACUUUGAAGAUAAGAAAGUCAAGCUAUCGAGGUGGGGCGAAGAUGCUGGGGAGGAAGGGUCUAGUAGAGGUGACAAGUCAAAACGGAAGAGAGGGCCGAAGAAACGAAAGGGCGACGUCAACAGCGCAGCUGAUGUGAUGCGGGUCGUCGAGCAGCGGAAGAAGUCAGAGUAA